GCAUCCAACCUAUCGCAUGUUCCUUGCAAAUUUUAUAAACAAGGUACAUGUACCGCAGGAGCCAAUUGUACUUUUUCCCACAGCUCAGAUCUUUCUUCAGAAUCCGCUGUAUGUAAAUAUUUUAUAAAAGGUAACUGCAAAUUUGGAACAAAAUGUGCCUUGUUACAUACCAUG